AUGUUUGGCGUGAUGUCGUUACGGGGUCUUCUGCCGAUAUUACGAAGAUGUGCCGUAGGAGUUCGUCGAGAACUUAGCACUACUCCUUCCUUAUCGACGAUACCAUUUGUUAUUGAAAAUGAAGGUCGUGGAGAACGAUCAUAUGACAUUUACAGUCGAUUGCUUCGUGAUAGGAUUGUAUGCGUUAUGACACCACUAUUAUUCCUUCAAAGUGACAGCAGUAAGAAGCCAAUUCAUAUGUACAUAAAUAGCCCAGGUGGUAGCGUAACGGCCGGUCUUGCAAUUUAUGACACGAUGCAGAUGAUCACUCCACCAGUUGCAACAUGGUGUGUAGGUCAGGCAUCAAGCAUGGGUUCACUACUUCUUUGUGCUGGUGAGAAAGGUCUACGCACUGCCCUUCCAAACUCAAGAAUAAUGGUACAUCAACCAAGCGGAGGGGCGACGGGUACAUGUUCGGAUAUUGUUAUCCGUGCAGAGGAAAUUCAAAGACUUAAGAAGCGCACUCAAGAGAUAUACGUUCAUCAUACGGGACAAACUUACGAGGUUAUUCAAGAGACAUUGGAUCGCGAUCGUUUUAUGAGUGCUCUCGAAGCGAAAAAUUUUGGAAUUGUCGACAAGGUUGAAUCACAUCAGGGCUCGAUGCCUACGGAAUAG